AUGUUUCGCGACACUGUCAGCAGAGAAUCGAGCGGCGUGGUAUUGGGCACCGGCGGAGUGCCACAGCCAAGUGACCAAGAGGCCGGCAUUAUGGAAUCGACCAUCGGUCAUCUGUCGCAGGCAGAGCAGCAGGCGGUGCUGGACGAUCUGAAGUCGAUUGAACUGGAGACUCGCCUGAAGGCGAUUAAACGUCUGUUUACGAUGGCUGAGGACGACAGGGACUGGUUCAGAAAGUUCCAGAAGAAAACGCAGAUUUUCAAGGUUUUCAAAAGCCUCCUCCAGGACGACAGCUGGGAACUGAACUGCCAGUGUCUGAAAUUUCUUCUUGACACGGUCACAGACUACGUCGACGAUUUGGACUGGUUUGUGGUCACCGAGGGAAUGAAGAAACACGAGGAGCAACAAAUGGAGAUUUUGAAAGAGGUGCCGAAGUUUUUUCACUCGCAGUUGGCGACGUUCGACUGGUCAUUUUUGACCGACUACUUGACGCAGCUGUUGCAGGAGGUCGACCGCGGCGAAAAAGACUGCUUUGCAUUGACCCAGUCGAUUUUGGCGACCCUCGGUCGACUGCUGACCUUCGUUGGUCAGCGGCAAUUUAACCGCUAUAUCCAGAUGCUGAAUGCGCCUCAACGCGACCAUUACGAAUUCAUGCUGUUGAAGCAAGACGACAAUCUCCACCGGUUCUACAACCAGGACUUGAUCAGCAAGAACUACGGUCGGUUGUGCGACUGCGACUUUGUGUCUUCAACCGAAAACCUGCAGGCGUUUUACGGCAUCAUCCCGUCGUCAGUGAUCGCUCAGGUUAAAGACGACCCAAACGUGCAGAUCAGGUGUGCCGGCCUGCAGCAGCUACGAGCCAUCAUUGACCAUUUCGAAGAGAACGACCUCGAGGUGUUUCGAACCAACCUUUGCUCGUUCCUCAACUUUUUGAACACCAUCCUCAACGACCUCAGCGUCAGGGUGACGGUCGAGUGCCUUUCGCUUCUUAAGGUCGUCAUCGAUAGACUGAAAUUAGACCUGCUCAUCUACCUCCCGGUUGUCUCGAUGACUAUCGCCAGAAACUUUGGCAACCAGAAGCCAAUAGUUAAAAAAAUGAACCUGCUCAUCGUCGUGGAUUUGCUGUCCAUUUUUCCACCCCUGCGCGUCUUCGAACUGUUCGGUCAUUUUCUGAAGCAUCGAAAUUCACGCGUUAGAGAAGAAUGUCUGAAUCUAAUUACGGCCGCCCUGCUGAAGCUCUCGGAACCGAAGGAAGACGUCUUGAACUCGAUAUUGCAAAAAAUCUGUCCGUUGCUAGCAGACAGGAAAAGGAAUGUCCGACUGAGUGCCUUCGAGAGUUUAGCUGUCGUCAUGCAUUUCUUUGGAAAGCGAAACCGCGAGGUCCUGUACAAAUGCAUUCGCGAAUGUGGCUUCCAUCAAGAUCUGCAUGGUCGAAUGCUUCGCAUAAUGGCGGCAAGAGAUCUGAGGAAUCCGCAAGAUGGCACGGGCAUACUGUGGAUCACAAUCAUGAACGCUUUCACCCCACUACAGAAGGGAACUUCGACUCCAAAUCCACAAGUGCACGAUCGAGCCCCCCUUGGCAUGAAGACGCCGGUGGCGUUGCCGCGACCAGGAGCGGAAAGCACCAUUACGUCGCAACCUGUUCAGCACCGAUCGAAGCUGACAGAUCUUCAUACCGUAGAGCCUCGCGGGAUGAAGAACCAAAACGUUUGCGUGAUAUUCAUAACGGACCACCUGGACGCUGUACACGAUGAAAUGGCCACUCUUUCGCUGCAAAAAAAGUCAGCUUCGGAAGACAGCAUUUUCUCAAGACUGCAGAAUGACCAGUGGCUGAAUCCUGCCGCCGGCCAAUUUUCUCUGGAGAAGUCGGCGUCGGUGGAAGCUCUGACUAUGGUACCUACGCGUUUCACUUAUCCUACAUGUUCCAUACGCAGUUUUACUAAACAAAACCAAUUGGGUAAAUUGGUUAACCCGGAGAAGCAAAUAAAGCAUGCCCUGAAAAAUUUGUCCAGCGACGAAUGGAAGGACAAAGUUGACGGCAUGAAGGCUAUACAGCAACUGUUACAGGGCAGCGGAAACUUGAUUUUGCAAAAUAUGGACGCGGUGAUUUUGGCUUUGAACGCAGAGGUGCAGAACCUCCGUUCGACCGUAUCACGUCAAGCGAUGCACUGCUAUGCAGAAAUGUUCCACUGCCUCAAGACUUCGAUGGACGGCGACAUAGACAAAAUAUGUGCCGUUCUAAUGUCGAAAACCGGUGACGUCACCAGUGCAUUUAUACGCAACAGCGCCAUGAAAGCUCUGGAAGAAAUGGUUGACAACGCGACGCCGACCAAAGUCUUGAAUGCCUUUCUGAAGUUUGGAUCAAUGUAA